AAACAGUUGGGAUCCGGAAUUUCGCCCCCAAUCUUUCACAUUCACCAAGGGAGUGAUCUCAAACCACGGGGCCCUUCACAGUUGCUCAUUCAUAAUAUUAGUAAUUUCACACCAUCAUCUUGGCUGUCCUUAGAUAACCCUCUUGCCUUGCCCUCUCAAUUCUCAUUUAUUUCCUUGUAGAUAUACUCUGCUUUUUCUGGGUUGGAUUGUGUUUCAGAUCUGAGAAAAAGAUGGGGAGGAUGGAUUAUCUGGCAAUGAAAACUGACGAUCAGGUUGCUGCUGACUUGAUCAACUCUGAUAUCAAUGAGCUUAAGCUUGCUGCAAAGAAUCUGUUUAACCAUGCAACUAAACUUGGUGGUCUUGGCUUCGGAACCUCUUUUCUCAAAUGGGUUGCCUCCUUUGCUGCUAUUUACUUGUUGAUAUUGGAUCGAACAAACUGGAGAACAAACAUGCUGACUGCACUUUUAAUUCCAUAUAUAUUCUUCAGUCUUCCAUCAGUACUGUUCAACUUUUUUAGAGGAGAGGUUGGAAGAUGGAUUGCUUUCAUUGCAGUUGUACUGAGACUUUUCUUCCCAAGGCAUUUCCCAGACUGGCUGGAGAUGCCAGGAUCAUUGAUCCUUCUUCUGGCUGUGGCACCAAGUUUCUUUGCAGUAACGUUGAAGAACAGCUGGGUUGGUGUUUUAAUAUGUCUACUUAUUGGUUGUUACCUAUUGCAAGAGCAUAUUCGAGCAUCGGGUGGAUUCAGAAAUUCCUUCACUCAAACUCAUGGAAUAUCAAACACUGUUGGCAUUAUCCUUCUGUUGGUGUAUCCUGUGUGGGCACUGGUGCUCCACUUUAUCUAGGUUCUCUUAAAAAGUUUCAAGAGUGUUGCAAUGUGUUUCCUCCACAACUUUGAGCAAAACAUACUACUUACAAAUGCAUGUAAGCAAGUAUUUCAAGACCUUAAUGGUCGAUGGUCAUCACAUUAGUCUAAUAUAGUGUCUGUAUGUGAAGUUGUGCAAUUGUUACAAUGAAAUGGGCAACUGCAUGGGAAAUUUGUUGUUGUGCUAUUAAGGAUUUUUUUAUUGAACAUUUUGUUUUUAA